UCAACUGCGCCUCUUAGGAGCAGAGUGGAGCUCCAUCCUAUGCACCUCAGUUUCUUACUCCCUGCCAGAGACUCUAGUUUCCACCUGCCAUCAUGGCAACUUCCACUGAAUAUUUGUUGGUUGUAAAAAAGGUGCGUCAAAAGAAGAAGGAUGGAGUGUUAUACCUCAUGGAGGAAAGAAUUGCUUGGGCACCUGAAGGCAAAGAUAGUUUUACCAUCAGUCAUAGGUAUGCAGAUAUUAACUGUCAGAAGAUCAGUCCAGAAGGCAAAGCUAAAAUUCAACUUCAACUGGUUCUGCAUUCAGGAGACACCAUUGACUUCCAUUUUUCCAAUGAAAGCACAGCAGUGAAAGAGCGAGAUGCAGUGAAGGAACUUCUUCAGCAUCUACUGCCCAAAUUCAAGAGGAAAGCAACUAAGAAACUGGAAGGAAAAACCAGAAUGCUCCAAGAAGACCCUGCUUUGUUUCAGCUGUACAAAGACCUUGUUGUAAGUCAAGUGAUCAGUGCUGAGGAAUUCUGGGCCAAUCAUUUGGGUGUAGAUGCAACAGAUAGUUCUUCCACAUCCCAUCACAAGCAGGAUGUUGGCGUUUCUGCAGCAUUUCUGGCUGAUGUCCAGCCCCAAACAGAUGACUGUAAUAGGUUAAGAUUUAAUUUAACAUCUGAUAACAUUGAAUCCAUAUUUAAGACCUACCCAGCAGUAAAGAAGAAAUAUGUAGAAAAUGUUCCCCACCACAUAUCAGAAAAGGAAUUUUGGGCACGUUUUUUCCAGUCUCAUUAUUUUCAUAGGGACCAGCUAAUUGCAGGUUCAAAGGGUCUCUUUGCAGAAUGUGCCAACAUAGAUGAAGAGGAGUUAAAAACAGCGAUUUCAUUAGGAGUGAAAAACCCACUACUAGAUUUGACAGCUUUGGAAGACAAGCCACUAGAUGAGGGCUAUGGGAUUUCCUCAGUGCCAUCUACUUCCAAUUCUACAUCCAUAAUGGAGACGAAUAAUGCUGCAAUCAUAAAGAGAUUUAACCAUCACAGUGCCAUGGUUCUGGCAGCUGGUCUCAGGAAACCACAAGCACAAAAUGAAGAAAAUGCUGAAUCCAGCUGCACGGAUGGAAAUUCUGGAGAUGCUGAAUGCUUUCAGCCAGCAGUCACCAGGCCAAAGUUGCAAGAGUCCAUUGAAUAUGAAGACUUGGAAAAAAGCAAUUCCAUUCAAACAAUUGCACUAAACCUCAAGAAGUCUGAUGGGUAUUAUCCUGGUCCAAUUCCAAACCAGUCACUACAGUAUGCAACAAGUCAGGAAAUUAUUGAUUCUUUUCAAAGUAUUCGACAAGAAAUGGAAGCUUAUACACCCAGAUUGACUCAGGCCCUCUCAAGUAGUGCUGCUAUCAGUGCCAUCACAGCACUGUCACCUGGAGGAGCACUUAUGCAGGGAGGGACACAGCAAGCCAUAAACUGUAUGUUGCCAGAUGAUAUUCAGUCUGAAUUGAAACAUUUGUAUGCGGCUGUUGGAGAACUUCUCCAGCAUUUCUGGUCCUGCUUUCCUGUCAAUACACCAGCCCUCGAAGCAAAGGUAAUGAAAAUGAAAAGUAAUUUGGAACGGUUCCAAGUUAUAAAGCUCAACCCAUUUAAAGAGAAAAUUGAGAGACAGCUUUUAAGCCCCAAUUUGGUAAGUCACAUAGAAGAAAUGCUCCAGACAGCCUACAACAAGCUUCACUCAUGGCAGUCGCAGCGCCGGAUGAAGAAGACCUGAGGUGUUCAUGGUUGA